UGAGAGCUCCAAAAUAUUUAUACUGAAAUAAUCUUUUAUUUAUACCAGGGUGAUGACAAAGUCAGUUUGAGCUUGAAAAUCCUUAAAAAGUCAACCUCCUUGCAGUCUUAUAAAAAGGGAGACUCCCUGGUCACGUACUUCAAUGUUGUUGCUGCGAACAAAGACAGUACUUUCAUAGUCCGAAUAUAUCUGAAACACAAAUUUAAUUUUAUUAAAGAAGGGAUGUCGUACAGGUUCACAGACGUGAUUAAGAAAGGAGACACUUACUGGGCCGUAAGUUCAAGUACAGUUGGUUGCAUUGCACCUCUUAAAAAUGUUGCCACAGCAGAUAUCGAACUCCCGGAAAAUGAAAAGGCUGAAGGAGCUGCAAGGACUUUAAUGGAUGCACUCCAAUGUCAGCAAAAGUCCGCAGUGAAAGGGAAGAUUGUCCAGAUCUCUCCUCUGAAACGAAGAAGAAAUGGUACCCUCGUUGUACGAAGUAUCUCCCUUAAAGACACCUCAGGUGUAGCCAAGGUAUGCCUUUUUGAAGGCACAGCAGAAAUGCAGUUCGAGAGAGACCAAAUAUUGGAAGUCACCUCUGUAUAUCCUAAGAGUUUUCAAGGUGCACAACAACUAACCGGAUCAGUUAGCACAAAAUGCCAGUUUGUGCAGGAUGAAAAUUUCAACGAUUUACAAGUAACGGAUGAAGAUUUCCUUGAAGACCAUGACUUCGAUGUAGAGGAGGAUCUGUCAAAUGGAGAUCCUUUUCAAGUAAUCAUGAUCUCUGAUGCUUACAGAUAUCUGUGCUGUCCAAGUCCAGGAUGUCGCAAAAAAAAAUUAUUGACAAGAAAUGUCCCAUUUGUGGUAAAGAAUCCAACAACACAUAUGGAAUCAGAAUCACUGUGGAAGCUCAAAAUUGUAAAACUAAUGAGAGCAGUACAACAUCCCUUUUCAACGAUGAUGUGACCAAUUUGUUCACACUUGAUCAGGAUGCUCUAGCAAGUGCCGAUGACUUGCUCUACAAACUGUCGUUAAAGCUCCCUGUUUCUUUUAUUGCUAAAAAGAUAGAUAACAGGUUCUACAACAUUGAUAAGAUGUAAAAAUCAUGUCCCCACUGUCUCCUCUUUCAUAAGGUGAUCUUUAACAUGUGCUUGAUUGCCCUCCCAUAACCAUUACACUUAAAAAAAAAUAUUCAAGACCUCAAGAAAACAACUUUGUCCAUUAAUUCCAAUGUUUUUGUUCUAUCAUGUUAGUUUCGCAUUAACACAUGUCUUUGUAUUAAAAAGAGAAUAAAUGCCAUUGCAUUCCUAACCCAUUUUUGUAAUCCCAACUCCUGAGAGGGCAAGAAGGCAUUUUGAAAAUGUCCUAUUUGAUGUUUUUGUAUAAAAUUUAUUUUGUACAGAGUUUUGAUUACUUUAUCGUAUUUCAUAAGUCCAGCAAAUGGAUAGAGUUUCAAAUUUUAUUUCAAUGAUUUAUGUACAAUUGCAUUCGUUGUGCCGAAGGAGAGGACAAGCUGACAUUUUUGCUUAAAGAUGUCCUAAUUUUGUGUUUUGUAUGAUAUAUUGUACAUUUUGU